AUGCGCAGUCUGCCCUACCUCAUUACCGAAUGGGGAGACCAAGACGCCCAAGCCACUCCCUUGGGCCUUUUUGCCAAUUGGAAUGCCGAAGUCAGUUCUGUCAACGAAGGCAAAGCCCGCGUAGUUCGUCUCACUUCGACUCAGGAUGACUUUGGCAGAUUCCUGCUUAACACGGAAUUGGGUGUCAUCUACCGAAUAGAAUGCGAAGGCGAGGUUGCUGACAGAUCUUUCAGAAGGAUGACCAGGGACGACCCGUAUGAUUACUUUGAAGAAGAUGAAGCAGAAUGGCGGGCCGAGGGAAAGGCCUGGGAGAUCACUGACUUCUUUUAG